AUGCUCAUAUUUAUCAUUUUCUUUACAGUUUCGGAGCAAGGUCCUCACGAGAAGAGGCUGCUAAACGCGCUACUGGCCUCUUACAACACCUUGGAGCGGCCAGUAGCCAACGAGAGUGAACCACUUGAGGUCAGGUUUGGCCUCACUUUGCAGCAGAUCAUUGACGUGGAUGAGAAAAACCAAAUCCUGACUACAAACGUCUGGCUUAACUUGGAAUGGAAUGACUACAACUUGAGGUGGAAUGACAGCGAGUACGGUGGUGUCAAAGACUUGCGUAUCACACCUAAUAAGCUAUGGAAACCAGACGUUUUGAUGUACAAUAGUGCUGACGAGGGUUUUGACGGGACGUACCAGACGAACGUGGUGGUCAGAAACAACGGCAGUUGCCUGUAUGUGCCUCCGGGCAUUUUCAAGAGCACAUGCAAGAUAGACAUCACUUGGUUCCCCUUCGACGAUCAACAUUGUGACAUGAAGUUCGGUAGUUGGACCUACGAUGGUAAUCAGUUGGACCUGGUGCUUAAAGAUGAAGCUGGUGGUGAUUUAUCUGAUUUCAUAACAAAUGGAGAAUGGUAUUUAAUAGGGAUGCCUGGAAAGAAGAAUACGAUAACAUAUGCGUGUUGUCCAGAGCCCUACGUUGACGUCACAUUCACAAUCAUGAUCAGGAGGAGGACACUGUACUAUUUUUUCAAUUUAAUAGUACCUUGUGUGCUGAUUUCGUCAAUGGCACUUCUUGGUUUCACAUUACCUCCAGAUUCCGGAGAGAAACUAACACUCGGUGUAACGAUUUUGUUAUCGUUAACUGUUUUUCUCAACUUGGUGGCUGAAAAGAUGCCUACAACUUCGGACGCCAUUCCUUUAAUAGGAGUCACUAUACUACUCUCGCUGACGGUGUUCCUCAACUUGGUCGCCGAGACCCUGCCGCAGGUCUCCGACGCAAUUCCCUUGUUAGGGACUUACUUCAACUGCAUCAUGUUUAUGGUGGCGUCAUCCGUGGUGCUGACCGUCGUCGUACUGAACUAUCAUCAUAGGACGGCAGACAUACAUGAGAUGCCACAAUGGAUAAAAACCGUGUUUCUGCAAUGGUUACCAUGGAUCUUGCGAAUGUCAAGACCGGGGAAGAAGAUAACGAGAAAAACAAUAAUGAUGACGAACAGAAUGAGGGAACUGGAAUUAAAGGAGCGUUCUUCAAAGUCAUUGUUGGCGAACGUUUUGGAUAUAGAUGAUGACUUUAGACAUGCGCCUCCGCCGCCUAACAGCACUGCUUCUACGGGAAAUUUGGGGCCGGGGUGUUCGAUAUUCCGCUCGGACUUCCGCCGGUCGUUCGUUCGCCCCUCAACAAUGGAGGACGUGGGGGGAGGGCUCGGCAGCCACCACCGUGAACUCCAUCUUAUACUGAGAGAGUUGCAGUUCAUUACUGCGAGGAUGAAGAAAGCUGACGAAGAGGCUGAACUGAUUAGCGAUUGGAAAUUCGCCGCGAUGGUUGUUGACAGGUUUUGCCUGUUUGUUUUCACCCUGUUCACAAUCAUCGCUACAGUGGCCGUGCUGCUCUCAGCGCCUCAUAUUAUCGUGCAGUGA